GGUCACGUGGUUUCAAGCAAGUUUCCGUGUUGACACAGAGCUUUGUUGCAGAGCAGUCGGUGUUGAGUUUCUGAGGAGGAUGCGGCGCGGUCAUGGCCUUUUUUAAGACGCAAGAGCGAACCAAGGAAAGGUUUUCUCUCUUGUUGCUGGACUUGGAGGAAUAUUACUUUGAGCAGUACACUGCUUACCAAGUGACAAGCCCUUCAAUAAAGGAGAAUAAGAUCAGAGGUUCCUUCAAAGUUUGCUCCAGAUCCAUCAUAUUUGAUCCAGAUGGCCUUGCAGAGCCAAUUAUAAAGAUUCCUCUGCGAGACUGUCAGAGAAUUGAGUUUGUGGAGAAAGAGAACAAUCCUUUUAACGAGCCGCGGCCACCGGCCAUCACAGUUUCCUGUGAGCAGGUUAUCUUCAUCAAGGAAAGCAACGUCAUUGCGCCGUAUAGGAAUGAAAGGGGAUCAAAGAAACUGACCUUUGAACUGGAAGGUUGGAGUAAAACAGAAGAUGUGGUGCAGACAUUAUUGCAGCUCCACAGGGCUUCCUGUCUGGACAAACUAGGAGACCAGACGGCUAUGAUUGCGGCUAAUCUGCAGUCCCGACUGGCAAGGUCGUCGUUCGAUAAGAAUUGUUUUCAGAGUGUUGCAGAGAAGCCACACAUGGAGUGUCCUGUAGAGAUGGUGAUGCCUCUGGUGUCCAACCCGGGCCACGUCUGUGUCACAAACGAAAACCUUUACUUCCAGCCCCUUAACGGACAUCCGCAGCACGUGAUUCAAAUCAAACUGAACGAAGUCAGGAGGAUCUACAAACGGCGGCACGGGCUCAGGCCUCUGGGGCUGGAGGUGUUCUGUACUGAGAAUAACUUGUGUUCUGACAUCUACUUGAAGUUUUACUACCCAGCCGACCGAGAUGAAAUCUACUAUUACAUUGCUACGUUUCUGGAGAAUCACAUCAAGGAGCACACGGCAGAGAGUUACAUGCUGCAGUGGCAGCGCGGCCAUCUCAGCAACUAUGAGUAUCUCCUCCAUUUGAACAAUCUGGCCGAUCGCAGCUGCAACGACCUGUCCCAGUACCCCGUCUUCCCCUGGGUCAUAGCCGACUACACCAGCACGCAGUUAGAUUUGGCAAAUUCAGACACAUUCAGAGACCUGAGUAAACCCAUCGGGGCCCUGAAUCAGGAGCGACUCGACAGACUGCUGGCUCGGUACGGAGGCAUGCCCGAACCGCGCUUCAUCUACGGGAGCCAUUACUCCUCUCCAGGAUACGUCCUGUUUUACCUCGUCAGAGUCGCUCCAGAGCACAUGCUGUGUCUGCAGAACGGCCGCUUUGACCACGCAGACCGCAUGUUCAACAGCAUCAGUGAAACAUGGAAAAACUGCUUAGAGGGAGCAACAGACUUUAAAGAGCUGAUCCCAGAGUUUUAUGGAAAUGACUCCAGCGUCCUGGAAAACAGACUGAGUCUUGAUUUGGGCCGAAAGCAGAAUGGAACGUUAGUCGGUGACGUUCUUCUCCCUCCAUGGGCCUCGGAUGCCAGCGAUUUUCUUAAAAAGAACCGGCUUGCCUUGGAGAGUCAGUAUGUAUCAGAGCACCUUCAUGAAUGGAUCGACUUGGUGUUUGGAUUCAAGCAGAGGGGCAGUGAAGCUGUCGAAGCUCAUAAUGUUUUUCACCCGUUGACCUACGAAGGCGGGAUGGACUGUGACAGCAUCGAGGACACGGACCAGAGAAUAGCCAUGCUGACGCAGAUCCUGGAGUUCGGCCAGACGCCCAAGCAGCUCUUCACGAGCCCUCACCCCCAGAGGAUCACACCCCGGUUCCAGAACCUCACGCGGAGCUCCAGUGUCAACUCUGCUGUCGGCGAGCUGUCCCCUGUCUCUCUGUGUGAGGACUCGUCGUUUGAAGACCUGACUGAGGAAAGCAGGAGGAUGGCCUGGGCCAACAUGGCAACUCUGAAGAGGAUCUCCAGCCACAAAAUCCAUAAGGAAGCCGUGACGGGCAUCGCUGUGACUCGAGACGGAGCUUCGAUCUUCUCUACAUCUCAAGACUCAACACUUAAAAUGUUUUCCAAAGAGCUGAAGGAAUUCCAGAGGAGCGUCUCCUUCUCCAACAUGGCGUUAUCUUCUUGUUUGAUGCUGGCCGACGGGAAAACUGUGUUGUGUUCUUCAUGGGACAACAACGUAUACUUCUACUCCAUCCCUUAUGGCCGGAGGCAGGACACACUGAUGGGUCACGAUGACGCCGUCAGUGAGAUGUGCUGGUUUGAUGAUAGGCUCUAUACAGCGUCCUGGGAUUCCACUGUUAAGGUAUGGCAGUGUUCCUCUAAAAACCAACCCAGCAACAAAAAAAAUACAUUUGAGCUGCUGGCUGAGUUGGAACAUGAUGCUGGGGUAAACACAGUCGCUCUGAAUCCUGCUGGAACUCUGCUGGCGUCCGGCUGUAAAGACGGGACGGUCACCAUCUGGGACACCAGCAGCUACCAGACUCUGCAGCAGGUUCACUGCCAUGCUGGAACCAUCCACCACUCCGCCUUCAGUCCUGACAGCAGACACGUUCUCAGCGUUGGUGACGACUGCUAUAUGAAGGUGAUGGACGUUCAGACUGGAAUGAUGAUCUCUUCAGUUAAAGCUGAGGAGGAGCAAAGAUGUUUCUGCUGGGACGGGAGCUCGGUGCUGUGUGGAGGACGCUCUGGUAACCUCCUUCUAUGGGAUCUGCUCAGCAACACGGUCAUCAGCAGAAUCCCCGCUCACUCUGGUGCUGUCACCGCCAUGUGGAUGAAUGAACUGUGCAACAAGGUGAUCACAGGUGGAGAGGACAAGCAGAUCAUGUUCUGGAGGCUGCAGAGUUAAAGGUCUCUCUCUGCAGCGACGGAGACCAAAUCUCCUAGUUAAAUGCACAGGACAUGUUUCCCUCUGAUCAUGUGACCCAAGUACAAGGAACAGACUGAUCUGAGAUUUUACCCUUAAAGUAUGCCAGAAAGUUGGGUGGAGGACGUAAUGUUACCAUAAUGUUAAUCGUUGUCAGUUAUAUCGAAAUACAAACGUGUCUAAAUGCAGUGUUUGCUUGAGAGCAGGAAGCUAAAACAAUUUAAUUGCCUUAUUUUCAAUUGUUUUUAAUCCUGUCAUUUAUGGAUAGUUGUGUGGACUUUAUUUUUUAUUUUUUUUAGUUUAUUCUGAGGAACAGCUGUAAACCCAAGAAGCUUGUAUAACUCAUAGGAUGGAUGUUAAUAUUUUUUUUAAUCAUCAAUGAUGUUUCUAAUUCCUUUGCUUUAUGUGAAUUUUAUUGUUUAAUGUGGAUCCAGUGCUUUAUGCUGCUCAGGUGUUGCUACAGAAACACAAAGUUACCUCGAAAGUGGUCGUCCAGUUUUUGUUUUUAGCUCAACUGAAAGACAAUACAUGGAAAACCUAGAGGGAUACUGGAAGGAAAAAAAAACUUUAUUGCCUGAUCUCAUGCACACAAGACAUGGUAAGCACAAAAUACUAUCUCAUGCGGACUGUUAAGUUUAUAUUAUUCUUUUUUUUCCUUCCAUCUCCCUUUAGGGACUCCCUAAGCAAAAGUAGCAGUUUAAAAAAAAAACAUUAUUUUAUCUUAUCCAUCCAUACAAACUGAGAGCCUAUAAAUCUUUAACCACAAGCAAACAAAUGUAGUAUAGCUAAGUAGCUAGCAUCAUAUGAUAACUGCGAAAUAAAUGGAGAAAUAAAAUGAUGCUAGUGGCCUGGUAAAAACCA